AUGUUCUACUUCCACUGCCCCCCGCAGCUAGAGGGCGCUGCCCCCUUCGGAGGUCACUCCGCCGGCGACUUCGACGACGGGUUCCUGAGAAGGAAGCAGCGCCGCAACCGCACCACGUUCACCCUGCAGCAGCUCGAGGCCCUGGAAGCCGUUUUUGCUCAAACCCACUACCCCGAUGUGUUCACUCGGGAAGAGCUGGCUCUGAAAAUCAACCUCACGGAGGCCAGGGUGCAGGUGUGGUUCCAAAAUCGAAGGGCUAAAUGGAGAAAAACAGAGAGGGGUGCUUCUGACCAAGAGGGCUCUAAGGAAACCAUGGCUGAGGUGGCACCUCCUGCGAGGAAUUUAAAUUCCCCUUCUCCAACAGACCAAACCAGGAAUAAAAAAGAGGGUCUGGAGAUCCAGCAGAGCCUAAGCCGAGCAGUGGGUCCUACAGGACCUUUCUUCCCUUCCUGCCUGCCGGGGACUCUUCUCAACACAGCCACCUAUGCACAAGCUUUAUCCCACGUCGCCUCUCUAAAAGGGAGCCCGCUGUGCUCGUGCUGCGUCCCAGACCCCAUGGGCCUGUCCUUCCUGCCCACCUACGGCUGCCAGAGCAACCGCACGGCCAGCGUGGCGGCGCUGCGCAUGAAGGCCCGCGAGCACUCGGAGGCCGUGCUGCAGUCUGCCAACCUGCUGCCCGCCGCCAGCAGCAGCCCCACGCCCCCUGCCAAGCCCGGCCCCGAGGGCAGCCAGGACAAGCAGCCCCCAGCAGCCAAGGAGCACAUGGAGGGCGAGAAGAGCGUAUGAGAGUGGGGUUCUGCUGCCCGUGCCCUGCCGAGGCCUGAACUGCAGUGUGGCCGUGCCCAGUGGGACACCAUGGGCCACGAGGGACCCACACAGCUGAGUGGCCUCUUUGGCUGCCUUUCAUGCACCCUUGCUUUUCUUGUGUCGCUGUAGGUUCAUUUCCCUGAUUUAACAGCACUAUCUGUGUUUGGAAACUUUGGUGAAACUGUUUUUAUUCCCCCCUUGCCCCAUAUAUCCCAGGGACACUGAAAAGAUCCUGGAUUGCUCCUGCACGUCUCAACUUCCCAUCCUGUGUGAAAUGGAUGGUUGGAAGCGGCACAUCACUUCCAGAUGUGAGUUCUGGGGGCAAGAGAUGUACCCAGGCACCAGUUACUCCACCGCUCACAACAGAGGGGAAGGAAUAUCCAGAUAUAUCCCAAUUUGGCCUGCUACUUUCUGAAGGCCCUUGACUUCAACCAAACCUAUCCCAGGCAAUCCAGGUAUAAGAGAAGCAGAAAAUGGAACAAAAAUCUUCUUUUUUCAAAAUCCUUCUUUUUUCUUUUCCCUGAAAGUGAAACUUCUCAUGCAUAGAUUACUGGAAAAUUGCUGAGAUGAGUUUACUUGUGACUAAAAUCCUUGCACUAGCCUCUGUGUGAACAUUAGUGAAUUACUCUUUCCAUUCGCUGCAUUAGACAUGAAAAGCACAUGACUUCAGAGUGGCAUUCACAGCAUCAAACAGUAAUGCUGGUAUUUAAUGGAGAGUGAAUUGUCUCUAGAUCUGCACAAACCUGGGGGUAUUUUGACAUCACUGUCUUGGAAAAAGGGACUGGAAGACAAAAAUAAUCCCUCAUUGCAAGACUGCAAAUAUGUUUUUCCAUGCUUUAUGUUUAAUAAGGAGGAAAUAAAGCUUGGAAGGAUAUUCCUUUAUGCCUUCCAAAUUUACAGUAUUCCAUUUACUGAAAGCUUGUUGUAAUGAAUCUAGACAUGAAAAGAUACCAAUUAUUAUAGAUUGGGAACAGUGCAAAGGAGAAAUUGAUGCCUUAUUAAAUUUAGUCUUAUCUCUCACCUAAACCUCCCCAAAGCAAAGCAGACUUAGAUCUGAAGAGCAGUCAUUUUAAUCUCACUUUUUUUUUCCAUGGGAACUGUAUGUGAGGGUUUAAACUUUGGGACAUGGACUUGAAUUUUCCAGGUGCCAUUUGCAGAUUCCUUAGGCUUGUCCACAGGUGUCCCUGGAGAACAGGCUGAAACCACUUUUCUGAGUUUUUGAUCAAGUAACAUGGAGGCUAGUGGAAGGAUUCCUGUCACGCCUGAUCCUGCACAUUGUGCUGAGGACCUCCUGAAAUGUGCUGAGCACGGGUUGUUUGGCUGUUCACAGCAUCCAGGUUUGGGGAUGUGCUUGGAAAGGCAUUCCUGAGUAAGGUUGGCAGCAGAAUUUUGUCUCCUCCAUGUAAGUGAUUUCAGCCCAUGAAUUUCACAGAACCUGUGAGUUCUCUGGGGCUCACAGGACCCUUUUAUACUGCGUGGUGCCCACCUUCCUUUCCAAGAGGCAUGGCUUGAUGUCAGCGCCCACUCCAAGGGUGGGAGCCCUGGGGUUCGUGGGGUCACUUGGCAGCACCCAGCACCAUCACUGUGGAUAUGCCAAGGGUACCAGGCACCCUCAGAGUGGAGUUUGUGUCUUCUGGGCACGAGCCAGCAGAGAGGGCAUUGCUGGGUCUGUCCUUCCAUCAGAGAACAAAAA